AGAAAGUAGCCAAAAUACAUUUUCACCUCUGAGAAGACAAAAUAACAAACUUUACUGACUUACUACUUCCCUGACUAGAAGAAUUCACAGGACUUUGAAGAAUGGCAGAUGAACGGAAAGAUGAAGCGAAGGCAUCUCAUUGGACCUCAGCCCAACUAACGGAAGCAUCAGCAUCAACACACCCACAUCCACCAGAGAUGAAGGAACAAGGUGUGGCAGGGGAAGGACUUGUCCGAAAUGCCAAUGGAUUCCCAUACCAAGAGGAUGAAGAGGGAGCCUUUGGAGGACCCAGGUCACAGGACACCUAUUCAGAUACCAAAGAGAAUGGGAUUAAUGGAGAGCUCACCUCAGCUGACAGAGAAACAGCAGAGGAGGUAUCUGCAAGGAUAGUUCAAGUAGUCACUGCUGAAGCUGUGGCAGUCCUGAAAGGCGAACAAGAGAAAGAAGCCCAGCACAAAGACCAGCCCACAGCUCUGCCAUUAGCAGCUGAAGAGACAGCUAAUCUGCCCCCUUCUCCACCCCCAUCACCAGCCUCAGAACAGACCAUUCCAGUGGAGGAAGAUUUACUUACAGCCUCGAAGAUGGAGUUUCAUGACCAGCAAGAAUUGACUCCCUCAUCAGCUGAGCCUUUAGAUACGAAGGGAAAAGAGUCAGAGCUAAUUUGUAAGCCUGGUGAAGACCUUAAACAUGCUGCCUUAGUUCCUCAGCCAGAGACAACUAAAACCUCUCCUGAUAAAAAGGAAAUCCAAGGUACAGAAGGCGAAAAAGCACCUCUGGCUCUCUUUGGGCACACUCUUGGUGACAGCCAGGAAGACACGAAACAGAAGACAGAAACAAGUGUGGUGAUACCUGGCAUUGGCCUCUCUGCAGAGUCUCCAGCUCCCAAAGAGCAGAAAGACUGGUUCAUUGAAAUUCCAGUUGAAACAAAGAAAGAUGAGUGGGGUUUAGCCGCUCCGGUUUCCCCUGGCCCCCUGACACCCAUGAGGGAGAAAGAUGUCCUUGAGGAUAUCCCAAGGUGGGAAGGGAAGCAGUUUGAUUCUCCCAUGCCCAGUCCUUUUCAAGGUGGCUUCACUCUCCCUUUAGAUGUUAUGAAAAACGAAAUAGCAACAGGAGCAUCACCCUUUGCCCCUGUCCUCUUACAACCAGAAGACAAAAAAUCUCUGCAGGAAGCCACUGAUCCAGCUACUGCCAAAGAUAGUGCUACAAUAGAGGAGUCACAGAAGGAUAAGACUGAGAAAGUGGCAGAAACUCCAGAGGCAAUUAUCUUACCCAAAGAUGCUUACGGUCUAGUUAUGGAAGGAUAUGUUGUGGAGAAGGAUUUAGGGGAAGAAAGGGAAGGCACAAAUGAGGAGAAGAAAGAGACCUCCAUUCCCAGUGGACAGGAACCACAACCAAAACAUGAAGAACAAGUAAUCAUUUCUGAUAAAGAAGUUACACUAAAAGAUCAUGAGCCCCCAACACACAGAGAUGAAGAAACAGGCGUGAUUCAGAGCUCUGUAGAGCUCUCUUUCUCAAAAGAAGGACCGAAAAGCCAAGCACAGAGCACAGACAUAUUUAACCAAGACUCCUUCUCUGCAGGUUUGGAGUCCACAUUUACAGAUUCAGUCCUGGCCUCUAAGACCUUGGAAAAAGUUACCACUGAGCCAGCUACUUUAAGUGAAAAGAGUGCAGCCCAGGAAUUUUCUGAGGAGAAAGUUGCUGUCAAAGAUAAGGUGGAAGGAGUCGGGACUGCAGCGUCGGCUGAGGUUGGCAUGCCAUUUUAUGAAGAUAAGUCAGGAAUGUCCAAGUACUUUGAAACAUCUGCCUUGAAAGAAGAAUCCAUAAAGAGCAUUCAGCUAGGCAGUGAUUACUACGAAUUAAGCGAUACAAGAGAAAGAGCCCAGGAGUCCACUGAUACCAUAUCUACUGCCACGCAAAAUGAUGACAAGGGAUUGCAAGAGGGCAAAGAAUCCCAGCCAAGUGUGCCAGCCCAAGAAGCAGGGUACAGCACUCUGGCACAGAGUUAUCCCUCUGAUUUACCUGAAGAACCCAGUUCUCCUCAAGAGAGAAUGUUCACUAUUGAUCCAAAAGUAUAUGGGGAGAAAAGGGAUCUCCACAGUAAGAAUAAGGAUGACCUGACACUCAGUAGAAGCUUGGGACUUGGUGGUAGGUCUGCCAUAGAACAGAGAAGCAUGUCAAUCAAUUUGCCCAUGUCUUGCCUGGAUUCUAUCGCCCUUGGAUUUAAUUUUGGUAGGGGCCAUGAUCUUUCUCCUUUGGCUUCUGACAUUCUAACCAACACUAGUGGAAGUAUGGACGAAGGAGAUGAUUACCUCCCUGCUACUACACCCGCAGUGGAGAAAGCCCCUUGCUUCCCAAUAGAAAGCAAAGAAGAGGAGGAAAAGAUAGAGGAGGGAAAAGCUACUGCUGGCCAGGAAAAUACCCAAGUUGAGACAUCCAGUGAGUCACCGUUCCUAGCCAAAGAUUACUACAAAAAUGGAACUGUCAUGGCCCCUGACCUGCCCGAGAUGCUCGAUCUGACAGGCACGCGAUCCAGGUUAGCUUCUGUGAGUGCAGAUGCCGAGUUUGCCAGGAGGAAAUCAGUCCCAUCCGAGACUGUGGUGGAGGAAAGUAGUACUGGCUUGCCACCUGUCACGGAUGCAAACCACGUCAUUGUGAAAACAGACAGUCAGCCUGAAGACCUGGGGUACUGUGUGUUCAAUAAGUACACCGUCCCUCUGCCAUCACCCGUUCAGGACAGUGACAAUUUAUCGGGAGAGAGUGGCUCCUUUUAUGAGGGGGCUGAUGAUAAAGUUCGAAGAGAUUUGGCCACAGACCUUUCCUUGAUUGAAGUAAAACUGGCCGCUGCUGGAAGAGUCAAAGAUGAGUUCAGUGCUGAGAAAGAAGCAGCUCCCUCUACCUCUGCUGACAAAUCAGGCUUGGGUAAGGAGUUUGACCAGGACAGAAAAGCCAAUGACAAGCUGGAUACUGUCUUAGAAAAAAGUGAAGAACACACCAAGGAGACAGAAGAGGCUGGUGGCAACGCAGAGAUGUUUGGACUGGGAAUGACCUAUGAACAAGUUUCCACCACCAAAGAACCAACAAUAGCAAAACACUCAUCACCGGAGAAAGUAGGUAAAGGUCUUGGUUCAGUGCCAGAGGUAGCUGAGGUAGAGCCAUCUAGAAAGGCUGAACAAGAACUGGAUUUGGCUGCAAAGAGAGGUGACCAGGAUCAGUUAGAUGUUCAAAUCAGUGACUUUGGACAGAUGGCUGCAGGGCUGAGUGUAGAGGCUGGGAAGGCCCCAGAGCUUAAACUUGAAGCUGCACAGGAGCUGACCCCCGCCUCCAAAGCACCUCAGGCAGCAGAUGCAUUCCUGGGUGUUGAGCUGGGCCAUGUGAAAGAAGGUGCCAAGGUCAGUGAGACCGAAGUCAAGGAGAAGGUAGCCAAGCCCGACCUGGUGCACCAGGAGGCUGUGGACAAAGAGGAAUCUUACGAAUCCAGUGGCGAGCAUGAAAGCCUCACCCUGGAGUCCCUGAAGCCUGACGAGGGCAAGAAGGAAACGUCUCCAGAGUCAUCUCUCAUUCAGGAUGAAGCGCCCAUUAAGCUGUCGGUGGAAAUCCCUUGCCCGCCCGCCGUUUCGGAGGCUGAGCUAGCUGCGGACGACAGAGCCGACGUCCAGAUGGAGUUUAUUCAGUUGCCAAAGGAAGAAAGCAAGGAGACCCUGGAUACGUCCGUCACCCCCUCCGAGGUGACCCCGACCCAGGUGGAAGCCAUCGUGUGUGAACCCGCAGAGGCUCUGAGUGAAGAGGAGGAGAUCGAAGCCCGGGGCGAAUACGACAAGCUCCUCUUCCGCUCCGACACCCUGCAGAUCACUGACCUGGGGAUCCCGAGCAGCCGCGAGGAGGUGGUGGAGGCCUGCCCAGGGCCAGGGGAGCACAAGGGAGUGAUCGAGUCCGUGGUGACCAUCGAAGACGACUUCAUCACGGUGGUGCAGACCACCACGGAGGAGGGCGAGUCGGGGUCCCACAGCGUGCGCUUCGCAGCCCUGGAGCAGCCCGAGGUGGAGAGGAGGCCGUCCGCUCCCGAGGAGGACCAGUUCCAAGUCGAAAUGGCAGCCGAAGCCCAGGCCGAACGCAGAGACGGCUCUCCAGGGAGAGAAGAGGUCGUCGCCUACUCCGAAUACAAGACGGAAACCUACGACGAUUACAAGGACGAGACCACCAUUGACGACUCCAUCCUGGAUGCUGACAGCCUGUGGGUGGAUACUCAAGAUGAUGACAGAAGCAUCAUGACAGAGCAGUUAGACACUAUUCCUAAAGAGGAGAAAGCUGACAAGGAAGUUCGGAGACCAUCUCUCGAGAAACAUAGAAAAGAAAAGCCUUUUAAAACCGGGAGAGGCAGAAUUUCCACUCCUGAAAGAAAAAUAGCUAAAAAGGAGCCUAGCACAGUCUCCAGGGAUGAAGUGAGAAGGAAAAAAGCAGUUUAUAAGAAGGCUGAACUUGCUAAAAAAACAGAAGUUCAGGCCCACUCUCCCUCCAGGAAAUUCAUUUUAAAACCUGCUAUCAAAUAUACUAGACCAACUCAUCUCUCCUGUGUUAAGCGGAAAACCACAGCAGCAGGUGAAUCAACUCAGGCUCCCAGUGCAUUUAAACAGGCAAAGGACAAAGUCUCCGAUGGAGUCACCAAGAGUCCAGAAAAACGCUCCUCUCUCCCAAGGCCUUCCUCCAUCCUCCCUCCUCGCCGGGGAGUAUCAGGAGACAGAGAGGAACACUCCUUCUCCCUCAACAGUUCCAUCUCCUCUGCAGCUCGACGGACCACCAGGUCAGAGCCAAUUCGCAGAGCAGGAAAAAGUGGCACCUCAACCCCCACAACCCCUGGAUCCACUGCUAUCACUCCUGGCACCCCACCAAGUUAUUCUUCACGCACUCCAGGCACUCCUGGAACCCCCAGCUACCCCAGAACACCUGGAACCCCCAAAUCUGCCAUCUUGGUGCCCGGUGAGAAGAAAGUGGCCAUCAUUCGCACUCCUCCAAAGUCGCCUGCUACUCCCAAACAGCUCCGGCUUAUUAACCAACCACUGCCAGACCUGAAGAAUGUCAAAUCCAAAAUUGGAUCGACAGACAACAUCAAAUACCAGCCGAAAGGGGGCCAGGUACAAAUUGUUACCAAGAAGAUAGAUUUAAGCCAUGUGACAUCCAAAUGUGGUUCUCUGAAGAAUAUCCGUCACAGGCCAGGUGGUGGACGUGUGAAAAUUGAGAGUGUAAAGCUGGAUUUCAAAGAAAAGGCCCAAGCUAAAGUCGGUUCACUUGACAAUGCUCACCACGUACCUGGCGGUGGGAAUGUAAAGAUUGACAGCCAGAAGUUGAACUUCCGAGAGCAUGCAAAGGCCCGUGUGGAUCAUGGGGCUGAAAUCAUCACACAGUCCCCAGGGAGGUCCAGCGUGGCAUCACCCCGACGGCUCAGCAACGUCUCUUCUUCCGGAAGCAUCAACCUGCUCGAAUCUCCUCAGCUGGCCACUUUGGCUGAGGAUGUCACCGCUGCACUGGCUAAGCAGGGCUUAUGA